GAGCUCUGGAUACUGACCCUCCAACACACCAGCCCCUCCCAGAGUGAGGGGGCAACAGCACAAGGCAGCUGGGAUUUUAGAAUCGACUCUGUCAUCUGAGAUGCUUCGGGAGAUUUGAUCAUUAUGCCAUCAUUGAGACUGCCAGGGAUGGAGGAGGCGAGAGGCAAUGUGAGUGUUGGAGCGAAUAGGGACGGCCAGGCUUGGAGGGUGAGCCCAGGGCUGCGAGGCUGCAAAAUGGGGCUGAAAAUGUGAUGGGCAUGGAGAUUUGCGGCCAGCCUGAUGCUAACCGAUCCGAAGGGGAGAAUGGCACCGACUCUGAGAAGCUGCUCCCUCACUACACCCCGACGGCCACUGCCCUGGUCAGCCUGGUGGUCACGUUUAUUAUCCUGCUCACCAUGGUGGGGAACAUCCUAGUGGUGGUGGCUGUAUUUACCAGCAGAGCUCUGAGGCCUCCCCAGAACCUGUUCCUCGUGUCUCUGGCCUCGGCUGACAUCCUGGUGGCCGCACUAGUCAUCCCUUUCUCUCUUGCCAACGAGGUGAUGGGCUACUGGUAUUUUGGGAGUAUUUGGUGCGGUAUCUAUCUAGCCCUGGAUGUCCUCUUCUGCACCUCCUCGAUUGUGCAUCUGUGUGCUAUAAGUCUGGACAGAUACUGGUCAGUAACCCGUGCUGUCGAAUAUAAUCUAAAGAGAACUCCCAAACGCAUCAAAUGCAUGAUUGCCGUAGUGUGGCUUAUAUCUGCAAUCAUCUCCUUCCCACCUUUGGUUACCAUGGACAGCAGUAAGCAAGGGUGCUGUGAACUUAACGACGAUACCUGGUACAUCCUGUCCUCUUGCAUCGUCUCUUUCUUCGCCCCGUGUAUGAUCAUGAUCCUGGUCUACUUCCGAAUCUACAGGGUGGCCAAGCAAAGGACCUCGGUGGUGUCGGUAGCCAGGAACGGGGUGGAGAGGCAAACCUCCCACUCGGAGACCUGCUUCGCCGGCAAGGGGAAGGUCGACCCCGAGAGUCCCAGCAGCCAGAGUUCGUGCAGCAACCAGAGGCAGGAGGAGCUGGAAGACAUCGACCUGGAGGAGAGUUCCUCCUCGGAAACCAAGCCCAGGGGCUCCAAGUGCCCCGAGCCCAGGAAGGUGCAGCCCCCCAGCUGCUGCCCCACGGCACAGCAGAACCGCUUGUCCUGGGCCAGCAACAGGGCAUCUCAGUUAUUCCUGGAGCCCAGAAAGCGUCCCGCCUCCAAACUGAGCAAGAGCAAAGUGGCCCAGUUGAGAGAGAAGCGCUUCACCUUCGUACUGGCCGUGGUGAUCGGGGUCUUUGUGCUGUGUUGGUUUCCCUUUUUCUUCACCUACAGCCUGAAAGCAAUCUGCAGGGAGAACUGCUCCAUCCCCGACCCCCUCUUUAACUUUUUCUUUUGGAUCGGCUACUGCAACAGUUCUUUAAACCCCAUCAUCUACACAAUCUUUAACAGGGACUUCCGAAAGGCCUUCAAAAAAAUCAUUUUCAAAACGAAUAAACGCACUUUGUAACAGUCGUAUGUAAAUCGGAUGUCAUAUCUUAAGUGUGUGUGUGUGCCUAUCAUGUGUAUUUGCGGUAUAUCAAUAUACUUAA